AUGUUGAACCGCAGUACCAGCAACCCAUCCACAAGAAGAAUCAGAAGGCGUUCUUCCAACGAGAGAACCUACAAGCUCGACCUUGACGCCAACCAUAUUGAAAGCCUCAUUAGAUGGUUGUGCGAGGAAAGCAGUGAUGAUUUCCUCGCAAAAGCCUACCGCCAACGGUAUCAAGGUCUCGGAGAGCGACAGCAGCCACACAACCAGAACAACACAUGGACACAAGAAGACCUCUGUGACGUUAUCUCCGCCAUCCAAGCACUCCUUAGUUCCGUCACCAAUCCACCCUCGUCAAUGGUUGCCGAAGCACACUCCACUAUCGGUAUCAUUCACCAAAGAUUGAAUCAAGACGCACGAGCAACCCAGUCGUUCAUGCAAGCCCUGUGGGUUCAAGCUUCCAGUGAUGACGUCUCUCCAAUCACCAUUGGAAUGACCAAAACAAGACUUGCCCUUGCCUAUGGCCGCAAAGGAGAGAGCCAAAAGGCAAUCAGUCUACUAGAAAAAGCCAUUCAGGACUUUCGAGAGGGCGGCCUUAGUGAAGAGCACGAGCUCGUGACCCGAGCCAAGGAAGCCCUCCAUGCUUUCCAUUUGGCAGAAACCGCAAGAAGAAACCGAUCCAACAGUCGUCGUAUUUCUCAGGGAGCCGCUUAA